AUGUCUUGUCUGUCGCAUCCGAGCUAUUUCCCUUUUGUAGGUUUCAUAACACAUCGUAAACGAGUCAACAGGAUACGAAUCGUUGAUGCUUUGCUGCUUGUGUUCCUUCUGCCAGUGACCUCUGGACUUCGCACUGGCGAGUAUCCCCUUUAUGACACAAUGUGCUUGUCCAGUCGUCAGAUGGUGUCUGUCAUGUGGGACUGCAAGGGAUAUAUCCAGUGUAUGCCUCUGGGAAAUGGCACGUUUAGAGCAGUGUGGAUCAACUGUAGCACAGGACGCCAGUUCGAUCCUUCCAAGAGGGAGUGUGUCCAAAACUAUGACAAGUAUGCCGCCAUCAAUAUUUGUCCUGCUAUGCCAUUCCUCAAGUUUCCUCAUCCGUCAUCUUGUGCACUAUAUUAUGACUGUAGCCAGCCAAACGCUCGCCCAGGCCUGGCACCAUGGGAGAACGAGUGUCCAGACCCCUACCACUUUGAUGAAGACACAUUCACUUGUAUGAAUAAACAGAAUGGGAACAGUCCCGUCUGUGGAAGUAGACCUGAACCAAGUGGAAAUGUGAAACAUUUCUAUAUUUGUGACAACGGAACUGUUUCUGAGAAAAGAACAUGCCAGGAAGAUGGCCGCAUUUUUGAUCCCAUAGCUAGAGACUGCACAGAGACUGUCUUAGAAGAUUCUAUAAAAACAUAUUGCACAAGGAAUCCAGCUGCCAUUUUUGCUGAUCCAACAAGGUGUUCACUGCUGUAUGAUUGUUCUCGAGCAAACUGGCAUAUGAAAUUGAAGCCCUACCAGACAGAGUGUGUCUACCCUAGACUGUUUGACCCAGCUAGUGCUUCCUGUGCAAGUUUCCAUGAUGUCAACUGUGAUACAAGGCUAGAACCAAUACAACCAUGUGACUAUGUGGUGGGACACUGUAGUGAUACUCAGUGCAUCCCUUGCGUGGCUUCCUGCCUGGGUCUGCGAGAUGGACCCAACGCUUACCCAGGCCAAGUUCUCACUGGUUUCUAUCUGGUAUGUCAGAAGCAGAGGACUAUAGAUGAGAGAGUCUGUGCAGCCGGAUCUGUAUUUGACCCACAAAUGCGUUCCUGUCUCACAGAAAUUAGCACUCAGACUCUGGAUGUUUACUGCAGCACCAAUCCUAAUGGUCGCUUGUUACACCCUAGUGAGUGUUCAGUCUUCUACAGCUGUGCCCAUCAAAAUGACACACAGACUCAUCCAAACCUGCCACCUCGAGCUGUUGAGUGCAAGUACCCUUACCUGGUUGAUUCUGGAACUAUCACCUGCAAACCUCACACACUUGUUAAGUGUGGGGCACGGAGAGAGCCUUUUUCUCCUUGUGACUAUGUCAGCAACCGUUGUAUGACUAAAGACUGCACCAGGUGUGAGCUGGUCAUGCCAUCUUGUUAUGGCAAGGCAGAUAACUAUUACCCAGCAAUCAGUCAGGAGAUGACAGCUGAUUACAUUGUGUGCAAGGACCAGAGGAUUGUGGGAUCAGGUGUAUGUGCCAGUGGACACAUCUUCGACAUCAGAUCCCUGACAUGUACAGAUACUGUCUAUUCAACAUCUCUCAUGGAAUACUGCACAAAGUACAGGAUGGGAAGAGUUCAAAACCCACGCAACUGUGCCCAGUAUUAUGACUGUGCAAUCUCUAUGUCUGAGGUGACAGAGUGUACCUACCCUGACUUGUAUGAUGUCAUUCUGCACCUGUGUUUACCUUACCACCAGGUCAACUGUGCAGGGAGACCCAUCUUUAUGGAGCCAUGUAU